AAGGUAAACUAGACCCGACCCGAGAUCCAAAGCCCUAGCUGAUAAAAUGACCCUCUUCCUCUCACUCUUAGCCGUUUCCUAGUCUUCAGCGAUUCAGCACGCCCUCCCCGGCACCUCUCGCUCACUCGUCUGAAAUUCGAACCUCUCGAACCAUGGCUGCUGCUGAUGUACCUCUUCCUGUAGCCGAACCAACGCAGCCUCACUAUGACGUGAAGCUGUUCAACAAGUGGAGCUUUGAUGAUGUCCAGGUCAGUGACAUUUCACUGGCGGAUUACAUUGGAGUUGCACCUUCCAAGCAUGCAACUUAUGUACCUCACACUGCUGGGAGAUACUCAGUCAAACGAUUCAGGAAAGCUCAGUGCCCUAUUGUGGAGAGGCUUACAAACUCUCUCAUGAUGCACGGGAGAAACAAUGGAAAGAAACUCAUGGCUGUCAGGAUUGUUAGGCACGCGAUGGAAAUUAUCCAUUUGCUAACUGAUCUGAACCCAAUCCAAGUUAUUGUUGAUGCUGUCGUUAACAGUGGUCCACGUGAAGAUGCAACUCGUAUUGGAUCUGCUGGAGUGGUUAGGCGUCAGGCUGUGGAUAUCUCACCUCUGAGACGUGUGAAUCAGGCUAUCUAUCUCCUCACAACUGGUGCUCGUGAGUCUGCUUUCAGGAACGUUAAAACUAUUGCUGAAUGUUUGGCUGAUGAACUUAUUAAUGCUGCCAAAGGUUCCUCUAACAGUUAUGCAAUCAAGAAGAAGGAUGAGAUCGAAAGAGUUGCCAAGGCCAACCGUUAAGGGGCUGCGAAGAAGUUUUAUGCACCAAGGAGAAUUUUGUAUGUGUCUUGUUUAAUCACUCAUUAUGUAGAAGUUAUCGGACUAAGCUUCAAAUGUGAGACAUGUCUCUGUCAUUUAUGUUAUGAAACCAGUCUUGGAUUGUGUAAUUUUAUAGCGUUAGAUGCGCAUGAUUUGAAUUUUAUUAAGAUUAUGCUUUUUGAACUUUUGAUAA